UGCUCCGCUUAUGAUUACAGUCACCAUUUGUAAAUUGAAUUCAUUUACUAAAUACGUUCAUUUCCGGAUUGGGAUAUAAUCAUAAUAUACAUUCAAUAUACAAUGAGUGUGGAAUGCCUUAAUAUGUAUUUAAAUGUUUGAGUGACCCAUAACAUGACAGAAAAACGAAACUAUAGAGAAAACAGGAACAAACGGGUAUAUUUCACAUUGCUUCGGUGGGUACAUUUACUAAAUUUGAGGUACAGAAAAAAGGCCAGUAAUUUAGAUUGCAAUAUUUAUAUGCUGAAAAUACGUCUUCUGCAGUAACGCAGUUUGCAAUAUUUUCAAUGGUGCAACAUUUUUACUAAAAACUGCAGUUCAUGUUUUCCAAUGGGUACUCAGCUGUGUGUUUCCAUGGAAACAGGUACCAUUUACAGAAUCCUACAAGGAGAGCGAACCGCGGAUGCGCUUCGGAACGCGAGCGGACACUUAAGCUCCGCCCCAACCUCAGCCGUCGCGAUCUGUGCGCGUGCGCAGCGCGCCUCGCAACAUGGCUGCAAUGGUAUCUUCCAGGAAAAGCGAGACCACCAAAACCCUGCGACAACAGCAUCACUAAUAACUCCUCCCAGGACUCGAGCGAUUGGCUAGUGUGUAUCCGUGUUUGCGAUUGGUUUUUUGCUAUGCAAAUAACAUUUAACACCGCCCAUCACGAUGUUCUUGUUUGCGAUUGGCUACUUGGAAUGUCAAUCAUCCGUCGACAAGUCCGAAGGCUGUCCCAAGGAAGCAACCGAUCAACCGAUCUUGGCACAUUCUGCACGUACGAAGACAUUGCGAGGGGUAUGUGAUGAGCUCAAGUCCCGUGCUCCGCAUCCGUUGCAGAAUGUCUCUUUUCUCCGAAUAGAUUCGCCAUAGCUGCUAGUUGAGCUGUUUGCGAGGCGCCGCCUGGCUUGCGUGGAGGACGAGAGAAGCGCGGCGCAUCAUCGAUUAGGAUUAGUCAUCAUCAUCAUCAUGAAAUUCGCACAGUUUCUGCUGAAGAACGGCGCAAAGAGUGCCAUCCCGAAGGAGGUGGAGAGGUUCUCCAAAUUCUCCCCCUCCCCCCUGUCCAUGAAGCAGUUCAUAGAUUUCGGUUCCGCCAAUGCUUGUGAGAAGACCUCCUUUGUGUUUCUGCGCCAGGAACUUCCAGUGCGGCUGGCGAACAUCAUGAAGGAGAUAGACUUUCUCCCCGACAAACUCCUCGGCACGCCUUCUCUUCAGUUGCUGCAGAGCUGGUAUGCACAGAGUCUCAUGGAAAUUGUGGAUUUCUUGGAGAAAGAUCCUGAAGAUAAAAAAAUCCUAAAAAAAUUUACAGAAACGCUCAUCAAUAUCAGGAACAGGCACAACAAUGUGGUCCCCACUAUGGCUCAAGGCGUCGUGGAGUAUAAGGACGCGUUCGGCGUCGACCCUGUGACCAAUCAGAAUGUCCAGUAUUUCCUCGACCGCUUCUACAUGAGCCGCAUCUCGACCCGGAUGCUCAUGAACCAGCACACGCUGAUCUUCCAUGGAAGCACCAACCCUGCCCACCCAAAACACAUUGGCAGCAUUGAUCCCAACUGUGAUGUGGUGGAGGUUAUAAAAGAUGCCUACGAGAGCUCCAAGAUGCUCUGCGAUCAGUAUUACCUAACAUCUCCUGAAGUGGAGAUCAAACAAGUGAAUUCCAAAGCGCCCGGACAGCCCCUACAUAUCGUCUAUGUACCGUCCCAUCUUUAUCACAUGUUAUUUGAACUCUUUAAGAAUGCAAUGAGAGCUACAGUGGAGGCGCAUGAGUCCAGCCUUACGCUUCCGCCAAUCAAAGUCCGAGUUUCCCUCGGAAGCGAAGACCUGACCAUAAAGAUGUCGGAUAGAGGUGGUGGAGUUCCGCUGAGGAAGAUCGAGCGCCUCUUCAGUUACAUGUACUCCACAGCACCUAGUCCAGUCACUGGCAACACCCGCAAUGCACCACUGGCUGGAUUUGGUUACGGCCUCCCUAUUUCCCGUCUCUACGCCAAGUAUUUUCAGGGAGAUCUGCAGCUGUACUCUAUGGAAGGAUACGGAACCUCCGCUGUGAUUUACCUAAAGGCCUUGUCCUCAGAGUCCAUUGAGCGGCUGCCGGUAUUCAAUAAGUCCGCCCUUAGGCACUACCAGACGAGCACGGAGGCUGACGACUGGUGUGUUCCCAGCAGUGAGCCCAAGAAGCUGGGCAAGUACGAGUACAAUGUAUAGAAGUCUGGCAUGACAAGAGACACGCUGGAGCCAUCGGAAGCCCAUAGUGUGGAUCACAAAGUCUGCGGGCAGCAGCACGUUAGAGUCGAUGGCAGCCAGAAGCGUUGAGGAAUUUACUUUUAGUACCGGAAUUCUCAGAUGUUUGUAUGGGGGCAUUUCUUACAUUGCAUUUUACAGAUUGUAGCAGAUUCCUUAAGUAUAUUUUAUCAUUAUGGUAGUUACAGAGUAUUAAAAUAUAAACUUGAUUUGUCUUGAUAAGGGACUGACACGAGCAUUUGCACUUUUAGGAGACCGUUUGAGCUAUUUUAAUGUAAACAACUUUUUUCUGAUUUUUAAAAAUUUUUUUAAAAUCUUUUUUCACUCCUUUUUUUCCUCCUAGUUUUGACAUGCUCAGUUAUUCAGUCCUUAUGUAACCCCACAAAAGCAUGACACUUGGGUUCACACAAUCACACAGUUUGUUCUUUUUAUUGAAUGGGCUUUGUCGUUCUGAUGUAGUACAUUUGGAAGAGAGCAACAUUUUUCCUGUUCCACCUAUAGUUCUGUAGGUGCACAGCUGACCUUAGGAGUCACCAUGAGCGGGCAGCAUGACCCACUCAUCUCACCUGCUUAAUGGAACACAGGCCAAUUUGUGUUCCCUGGGCCUGCUGUGGGCACAGAUGGGUUUGAGUCCCAGCAGGGUUGUGUAGUGACAUACCUUUGGGCAUUCCCCAUGGUUUUCAGUUUCUGCUAAGAGAACAGAUGUCUUCAGUUUUUAGUGUUAAUAUAUACAAUGUACUGUAUAUUAGACAGAGGCCUUGGCUACAACAACCACUACAUGAUUGUUGACCUUACUGUUGUUUCUGACCAAAUGAUCUAAUGAGCAGCCGUGAAGUGGGAGGUUGUUCUUUCACAUGUGGGCCAUUUCAAGAGCAAAUUAUACCUUGGGUGUACAUUCACACAGGUGUGCAUUCACACAGAUGUACAUACACACAGGUGUACAUUCUCCGGCAGCUAAGCGCUUCAGACCUAUCGAUCAUAACAGCACAGAGUAGAAAUUAGAUUUCAGUUAUAGAUAAGCUAAUACUGACAGUUUUGAUGAAAAGCCAAUUUUUACCUCACCAGCUAUGAAUCUUUUGUUAAAAGCUGCUCUGUAGUUUGACCAUAGCAAGUUUCCCACAAGGGUUAUCCCGGAAGUGAAGUAUUGUUAGUGUGUGGUUAAUUCUGUCUCAGUUAUAUUAUUAGGUAAGAGCUAAAGUCAGACUACAUUGCUCAAGGGGACUGUGAAGGGUAUGCAACCAAAGUAUUAGAAAAUUUUUAAAAAAGUGUUUUCUUUGGUAUCUGGAGCAUCGUAUGUUUACUCUGUUUUACUCUAGUUUUUGGUUUCAGGUGUAAAGUGAUAUAACUGUUCCACAGACUUCCUUUCUUUUUUUUUCCUUUUUCCAGGGGUUGUUUUCAUAGUUUUCUCUACAAAAGCAACAUUUGCAAAGCAGUUUUGGUUUAGGCCAUACUCUGCCUUUUUCACAGUUCUAUGCGGUUUAUUGGCAAAAGCAUAAAACCACUCGUAAGUAUGAAAAAGGAACACUAUCAAAGGGUUUGUUUAUUCAUUCCUUUCCCUGCAUGUUGAAAUAUUGUGAUUUGUCUCUUUUUUUUUGUUUGUUUUUAAUGUUGAUCCUGUUGUGUGUGUGUGUGUGUGUGUGUGUGUGAGAGAGAGAGAGAGAGUGUAACCUGCCAUAGUCGUGCCCUGUGACUCUCGAUUAGCUCAUUUCUGUAGAAAUGCAUUAAGCGACCCCAAGCCCAUGGUACAGAAGGGUUAACGCCCCCCCCACACACAGACACAGACAUACAACUGUACAUGAAUGUUAAAUUUUAACAGCAUUUUUACAUCUUCAGUAUUGUUUUGCAUUUAAACAGAUGGUAUGAAACUAAUUACACUGAAGUGCCAACAGCCGUGAGUGUCUGCGGUGGAUGUCAUUGUUUUACUCACAUGAUCUCAGGAUGGUCGCAGUGUGUCAUACGUUCAUAUCGUCAAGAGUGCUGUGUGCGUUCAUGAAAACUUGACCCAAGGGUCGGAUCGGUGGAGCUGACUGAAUAAACCCGCUUUUGCGUUGUGUAAAAUGAAGGCGUGAUGGAGAGGAUAGUUUUUUUUUUUUUUUUUUUUUUAGGUUAGUUUUUAUAAAACUAUAAACUAAAAUUUCUGUUCACUCAAAUAAAGAACAACCACUGUCCUUCAUGCAUGUUGCUCGUUGUAUUGCUUUCAUGGCGUCGCACGACAGAAUUUCUUCGGUGCUCACGUCCACGGUUUGUACCCGUAAUUCCACAGCACCGCUUUGUUGCUGUAGUCCUUCAGUCUUACCGCGGACGGUUAUUCCGCAGCUACGGACGGUCCCGACGCUGAACGUUCUGUGUUUUUCCUGGAGUGUGGCUGCGAUUUGUCUCGUCUUCUGGAAUUCCGGCCCGCCGGGCCUCUGCGGGGGCGCCCGGCCUCUCGGCGUUCCCACGCCAAGCCGAAAGCCUUCGCAUUACCUCUCAUUUCCCAUUUUGACACGGUCAGCAAUAAAAUUUGAACUUGGCAGCUUCCGUUGUUGCCUAAGAAAACUUGCAUGCUACAGCACUUUUUUUUUUUUUUUAACUGGAUGUUGUCUAGUCAACACUGUUAAUACGUUACGUAAUGGAAAGUGUGUGGUCCACAUGUGAUAAGAAUCUUGCUGAAGUGUAUCGGGUGAGAAGGACAAUGGCUGCGUGUCGCUCCUGCGCCCUGCGGCCCCGUGCUGCACAGCUCCGGGGCUUCUUCGCACCCCGACUUGCGAAAGAGCCUCUUUAACAAGGCACCCGAUUGUGUUCCAAGCCUAUGAUGCAAAUAAAGUGAUUGCAGUA